CACAAAGAGGAUAAUGACGUGUUUGGUCAGCGUUGGCAUACGUAGCGACUAAGCGAACGCUACAGUCUGUCGUCCGUCUCCGAACGACACCGUGAUCAAUUCAUAAACAACAAUCAGCAUAGUCUGACUAUGAUGAUUGAGGUGCUAACAUCAGAAUGAGCCGGCUUUACACAUUAUAAUCUCUUUAUCGGAAGACGAAGAACUAUCGAUAAUGAAUAUGCUGUCGCUGCAUCGUCGGGCUGCGAUGAUGGAGGUGUUCGGAUCUGCGUCCGGGUCGGUGAAGGAGGACACAACCACCUCAGAAUGAGGAAUGCGACAAACAAAUGCAGAUAUGAUUUGGUUUAUAUGCCAUUGACCUCAGAACAAGCAGGCCUUGCCUACCUACCUUAAACACGAACUUCCCUAGACUGGCACGAACACAGCCAGCGAUCUCACCCGUCAAUCCCGACUCGUCGCAACUUACCCUCGGCGGCAGCGCGGAUAUUCACAACAGCAAUAAGGCUCGCAUACCACGGCGCUCAAAGAGGUUUAUUAAGAGGACACAUCAAGGUUGAGAGGUUGAAUGGCACGGUGGCCUAGUUGUUGGUCUGACAUGAUAGCCUGUGGUUUGGCAUCUGUCGGAUGGGUUUAUAGUCACUAACCACGCUGCUUCUGAUGGAUAUCUUGGGUUCCACAUGGAACAUCAGCUGGAGGGCAUGACGGUCUCAUAUGGCAGGAUACUGGAGGAAUGGCAUGCUGGACGAGCUUCUUGGUUGGAUUGGGGGUCCUUUAUAUCGAUCUAACCGUUCAUGUCCUACGACUUGAGCGACCGCCUAUGUGCGGCUCACUGGUAAUAAUUACCAUCGCGGCACUCAGACCAGCCGGUCGCUGAAUGAGCACCCGCUGUCUAGCAGUUUCGGUAUCCGGCCAUCGUCUCGGCGGAGUCUCCCCAUCUAUCACGCCAUAUCGUCGCUUCCACGAGAAUUGGUGUACCUCUUUGAGGCAGUGUCUGCUACAAGGAAUCCACGCAUGACAAUAUACCGUGCAGUGUUGGACAUUCAAGAAUCGCCUUGGACAAACGGCCCAGCUACACAGCUACAGCUUCUCACCGAUUCCAAGUCGUCCAUGGUGGUUGUAGAACUGCUCAGCGAGUCCAGGGGUCUUGGGGAAAUAGUGAGCUCGUGGAUUCACAGAUCACGUCUGCAUGACUUGGAGAUUGAUGGCCGUAAACUUGUAGAUUAGUUAAAUGCUUCGUGACUUGUACUACUCAUACCGACGGACUGGGGCUGAGGAUUAAGGCUCUGGCUUGCAGCAUCGCUAAAGCAGCAACUCUCGACCAGAAUUUUGGUGCUGGACACAACUCAACAAUUCGCAAGCUUACACAACUUUUCGACGGCUAGACUACAGUAAGUCUGACUCGCUGGAGGAUUCAUUCUCGACAACAUAUCUAUCUUUCUCUAUUUUAUUUCGCUGGGGCAACUUCAACUUUCAAGGUUGUCAUCUCGACACUUAUCGCACGCCGAAGCAGCCCAGGGCGAAUCUAGCAGAACUCGGCUAACGCAGAGCCGCGUCGUCGCGCCCGAUCUUAGGUAAAACCCAUUGACAUGACAGAGAUGCCUAGUCCACAUUUCACCACACGAGAUGUUGCAAUGAAAAACAGCUGGAGCCACGGUGACGACCGCAGAGAUCGAGUUGAUCGAGGAGUGACACGCCCACGCAGAUCGCCAUCACCCACCGGCCGGAGACGCGAUAUCGAAAGGGAGAGGGGGAGGGACCGCGAGAAGGCAAAGGAAGCUAGCUCUGGCUCCGAGCGUAGACCCAGGAGCAGAGACCAAAGCAGAGACAGGGACCGCCGGCGACCAACCUCAAGAGCUAAGCAGGAGGAUAUUCGGGAACGCAAUAAAGGUCGUGAGUUACUAGAUUCUCAAGGGUCAGGAAAAUCAAGGAGGGAAGGUCACCAAGGCUCGUCAGUUGGGAAGCGCGGUUCGAGCCGCAGUCCAUCGAGGGAAAGAGGCCAUCGAAAACGUCGAAGAGAGAGUCGAAGUCGCGAAAGACGUCAUUCGACAUCCAAAUCGGUGUCACGCAUUGAAAGCUCUCGCCACGAGACAUCUCCGAGUCGAGUAAACUGGCCUCGCGACAGGCGUUCAUCCAUCCAAACGCCUGAGAAAGAUAAGGGCAAGUCCGCUGCACCAGAAAGGGAGGAGCGAUCCAGAUCUCCACGCAGAGAGACGCUGCCUACUCACGGACCACUCAGUCCUCCAAGAGAGCCCGCCGACGGCCGUAAUCGAAGUGUCAGUGAUCGUGAUAGCACUCAUCGCGAGCGACGCCACCGUCACCGGUCCCAACACCCAAAGUCAUCCGAUCAAAAUUCUCGGAGACAUCGCUCGAGAUCUCGCGAUAACAGGUCACCAAGACCAGACAGACAGAAAUCAUCGGGCUCGACGUCCCCCAGGCCUUCGAGGGGUCGCUGGGAAUCGGGGACGACAUCCUCCAGCCUUUCAAGGCAUGGUAGGCCGACCCGCGACAAAUACCGUCCAGACCAACAAACUGCGUCUGGGGCCAAUAGCAUCGACGUCGAAGAUACAAAGAUGAAUGGGCGUGGUGGAUAUGCGUAUGGACCAGGCUACCAUCAUCCAAACCAGAUGCAAGCGGCUUUCCCGUUGAAACCUCAGUACAAUCAAGGUCCUACAAAUCAGUAUUCGCAGUCGCCACAGCACAUUUCUCCUAAUUCAUCUUAUCACGGAUCCCCGCAACAAUCACCCUAUCCGCCGGCUGGUAGAGGAGGAGGAUGGGGUCCUCCUCAAGGACAUCAGUAUUCUCCACAACAACAAUAUCCUCCAAACUACAAUCAAGGCUACCCUCAACCCCCUCAAGGGCCGCCACAAGGCAAAUACUAUCCUCCACAAAACCACUCGCCACAGUAUCCUGGACCGGGUAUGCAGCAUCAGCCGCCACCACAACAGAACUACCGUGGCGGUCCUCGAGGCGGAUUCCGAGGUGGUUUUAGAGGUCGUGGCGGACACUUCCAGAAUCUACACUGGAAUGCCAGCCAGCAAGGCACUGGUCGGGGCCAAAACAACAGUUCGGGCAACGUAACUCCUCAGCACGCAUCCCCAACGGGGCAGCCUUCCCAAGAGUCGAUUCCUCACACGGGGCCCGAGGAGACGAAACAAGUGGAAGACGUGGAAGAGGAGGACCUCUUCCGGCCAUCCAAGGACCUACAGGUCGAAGAUACCUCGAAGAAGACUGAUGUCGAGGACGAAAUGCCUCCACCAGAUAGGCCCACACCAACAAGUGCGAACAAGUUUAGCUUUGCUUUCAAAGCAUCCCAAAAAGCUGCUCCAGCUACACCGAAGCCCGAAAUAUCGCAGAAGCUAGACAAAGUACCCGUACGUGGGCCAACCAAGAUAGAUCCAGCGCACAAUGCGUCGCGUCACAUCCCCACUGCUCCUGCCUCAUCAAGGAGGCAUGACUACCGCGACUCUCGUGGCCCUCGUGAGCGGGAACCUCGUGAACCUCGCGACCACCGCGAACUACGAGAACCACGCGGUCGGGAACCACGAGAGUUCCGAGAACCUCCACCUUGUAGGGAGUUCCGAGAGCCCCCUGCACCCAGAGAGUACCGUGAACCUCCAGCAACUCGGGAGUAUCGCGAGCCACCUCCACCCCAAAAACCACCUGCACCUCGGAUGGUAAAAAAGAUCAUGAAACGGUUAAAAGCGAAACCCAUUCUCCCAGACGAGUUUAAGACAUUCGACUCUGUGUACUUCAGGAAACCGGGUAAUGAAUCUGUCGUAGGUUCUGGGACCUACGGCAAAGUGUUCAAAGCCAUCCACGUCUACACAAAGAAGUUGGUUGCUCUGAAGAAGAUCCGCAUGGAAGGCGAGAGAGAUGGAUUCCCAGUGACUGCUGUGCGAGAGAUUAAACUCCUGCAAUCACUGAAGCACGUCAAUGUCGUCAUGCUCCAAGAGGUUAUGGUGGAGAAGAAUGAUUGCUUCAUGGUCUUUGAAUAUCUCUCCCACGAUUUGACUGGCCUGCUUAACCACCCAACGUUCAAACUCAACCCCGCUCAGAAGAAGGACCUUGCGAAACAGAUGUUCGAAGGGCUAGACUACCUCCAUCGACGCGGUGUUCUCCAUCGCGAUAUCAAGGCCGCAAAUAUCCUCGUCAGCAAUGAAGGACAAUUAAAGCUUGCUGAUUUCGGCCUUGCUCGCUUCUAUGCCAAACGCCGACAGCUGGACUAUACUAACCGUGUUAUCACCAUCUGGUACCGCUCCCCUGAGCUUCUGCUCGGCGAGACACAAUACGGACCUGCGGUAGACAUCUGGAGCGCCGCCUGCGUGCUCGUCGAAAUCUUCACACGCCACGCCAUCUUCCCUGGUGACGGCGGCGAGAUCAGUCAACUCGACAAGAUCUACGCCAUCCUCGGCACCCCCAACUCGCGCGACUGGCCCGGCCUGAAGGACAUGCAGUGGUUCGAGCUCCUGCGCCCGACUGCCCGUCGGCCGAACGUGUUCGCCGAUAAGUACAAGGAAAGAGUUACGCCCGCUGCAUACGAACUCCUCGAAGCGAUGUUCCAGUACGACCCCGCGAAGCGACCGACUGCGGGCGAUGUGCUGGAGCACCCGUACUUCGCUGUCGAGGAACCGGCGCCGCAGCAAGCGAUAGAACUCCAAACCCUAGAAGGCGACUGGCACGAAUUUGAAUCCAAGGCGCUGCGGAAGGAGAACGAGAAACGCGACAAAGAGGCGAGGCGGGCAGUCCAGAAGGAGGCCGCGCGGGAGAAGGAGCGCAAGAGGCCCCCUUCUGACAGUGAGGCGAUGGAGCGGGAUGCGAAGAGGUUGCAGACCAUGCCUCCGCCGCCGCUUCCGGAGAAGGAGGCCAUGUGAGGUCGAUGAAAGCAUUAUAUUUGGCGGCGUUGAGACAGACGAGAAUUUUUGGGCGUGGCUUCGCGUGGGUGUUACAUGUUGGGUGGGCUUUUACUGUUGGAGCAUUAUACGAAUGAAAGCAAGCAUAUCGAGUUUUGGUGUUGGAGCAUGAGGAGAACGUGGGGCUGUAUUUUUAGCGGAGAAAUAGAAGUGAGCUGAGGUUGGGGGUGCUAUAUCAUAUCGCAACUCUUUGCUUGAGAUUGCACAUAAGCUAAGUUAGCUAUAAUUCAAAUGUUAUUUAAGCACGUCCUGCUUGUCCCGUGCAGCAUAGACAACCCAAGCGGCUAAAAU